AAAAGAGAGGCAUAUAUCAUCUCAUCUCUGUGGCUGCCCUUCAUGUCUUCUUCUUCUUCCAGUGCUACUGAUGUGUUUGAGAAUGGGAAGUACGAGACCAUUCCCAAGAAUGUUGACUCCACCGGUGGGAACCCUGAUGGGCUCCCCGUUCUUCCCCCGGAGCCCCUUCUUAUCGUCUCCCCGAUGGAGGAAGGAGAGUUCCCGGUUCUUAUACUGCUUCACGGCUAUAUGCUCCUCAACUCCUUCUACUCCGAGCUUCUGCAGCACAUUGCGUCCCAUUGCUUCAUCGUCGUUGCUCCUCAGCUAUAUACAUGUCGUGGAAAAGACUGCACAGAAGACAUCAGAUCGGCCGGAGCAGUCACAGAUUGGCUGCGUGGAGGUCUCUCCGCCGCUCUUCCAUCACAGGUCACUCCGAACCUGGCCAAGCUGGCCCUUUCCGGCCACAGCAGAGGCGGCAAAACGGCCUUUGCCCUGGCACUGGGCAUGCUUUCCAUCACUACGUCUAUCCCUUUUAGAGCCCUAAUUGGCAUCGACCCGGUUGAUGGAUCUGAAGGGUCUCAGACCCCACCACCGGUUCUUACGUAUAAAACCCAAUCAUUCGACCUCGAAAUGCCCGUCAUGGUGAUCGGAGCAGGACUCAGCGAGGUCAAGAAGUGCUGCAUGGUGCCUCCUUGCGCCGCGAAUGGCGUGAACCACAAGGAAUUCUUCAAUGAGUGCAAACCCCCGGCGUGCCACUUCGUCGCCAAGGACUAUGGCCACAUGGAUAUGCUCGAUGAUAAGACCCCCGGGCUGAGAGGGAUACUGGCUGAUUGCAUAUGCAAGAAUGGGAAGUCUAGAGAGCCCAUGAGGAAGUUUGUUGGAGGGAUUGUGGUGGCUUCCCUGAGGGCUUACUUGGGAGGUGAUAGUACGGACUUGAUCACCGUGAGGGACACGCCGGAGAUUGCUCCAGUAGAGCUUUCGGCAAUCGAGUUCCUUUCGUGAUGCGUGAACUUUCUACAUUAAGCAUGUUCUGAUGCCUACGUACGAGUCUGCUUUAAUUUGUGAUGUGGGAUAGCAAAACUUCAGGAUUAUUCAGAACUUCUUCCAAUAAAGCAAAUUUACUAUUGUAUGAACAAUUGAAUUAAUGCAGUGGCACGAACUACUGAUUCAAAAUUAGGAGAUUUCGAAUUCAA